CCUCAACCAGGUCAAUGUCAGGUGUGCUCAAUUAGCAGGCAGAAGAUGAAGUAGUCCAUGGAGGAUGAGGACAUGUUGAGUCACUGGCAGAGAGUGCUUGCGCUGAAUGGAUGCGGCCACUGCAUAAUGGUCCUCAGACGUUUGUUUCCUAGGCAACAUGGGGAGGGCAUGUGGAGAGGGAGGUAUAAAAACACUGUCAGUUCCUCUCUGAGUCUUACUCUGAGUUAAAUACACUCACUGUCAACACGGAAAGCCUCAGAGAACUUGCUACACACUUUCUCUCCCUAUUCGUCACCUUCUGUCUCAGCUCACUUGAAGGCUCGGCCCCACAAGUAGCUGUUUAAGAAUGAUGCGGCCAAAAGAUUUACGCAAGGGCUCUGGCACCAAGACUUUCCUUGAUGCCAUGCACGAUGGUAAAGUUCACCUUGCACGCUUUAUCCUGGACGCCUUAGACGGACGCAUCAUCAACUCUAAGACCGAAAACAGCCGCACUCCGCUCAUGCACGCUGUCUGCCUGCAAGACUCUAGGAGCAGGACCAAGUUCACCCAGCUGCUGCUGGAGAAAGGGGCAGAUGUCAACUGUCAGGAUGAGGACGGUCGCACUGCCCUGAGCCAUGCCUGUGAGAUGGGUCACCUGGACGUGGUCAAGCUUCUAGUGCAGUUCAAUGCUGACCCGGACGUCUUUGACGCCUGGGGUAACAGCGCUCUGAUGUAUGCUGCCUUUUCUGGGCACAGCCAGAUUCUGGAGUUUCUGGUCCGUGCUUUUAAAAGACUGGGACUGAAGCUGGACAGAACCAAUAAUGCUGGUCACUCAGCUAUCGAGGUGGCCGACUUCUUUGGACACAACCAGUGUGUGCAGAUUCUAAACUUUCCUUGCAGGAGGGCUGUGGGCACUGAUGAUCCACUUGCUGAUUCGGGCACCAUAGAUGAAGGAGAGUGGCGGUUGCCCAAUAGACUCCCCAGGCAUGUUGUGGAGAGGUUCUCCAAGCAGCUGAAUAAUAAUGAAGACCAACUGCCUGGGAUAUUUCAGAGACAGCUGAAGAUUGGGGACAUGAGCAGUCUGUGGAACAGCUCCAGAUGUCCCAGGAGCCAAUCUCAAGACAACAACCAUCACCACAGCUGGGCUCUGCCUCCUCAGAUAGAGAAAAGCAAGAUUGAGGGGGAUAACAGCGUUCUCUUCACUGCCAAACAACUACAAAACUGCCAGCUUAGAGAACUGAGAGCUAAAACACUGAACUCUCUGCCUGAGCCAAGCCAGAAAGAUGUCAGUCGAGACAAUGGACUCCAAGAGAAAACACCAGCAAGUUUUCCUCUCUGGGGAAAAGCAAAGUCAUUUAACCUGGACCUUCUGAGCAGCAGAAAGCAGUCCUAUCAGGGUGAUGUGAGUGACAUCAGCCUGUCAGCCAGCAAAUUAAAGAGAGCAUCGCUACAGGAUGAGAGAUGCCUGAUAGACAAGAUGGAAUGUCAAGGAAACACUCGGGGCAUGACAAACGAUGCCGACAAAACUGUUUUGGUGCCAAAACCUCUUUUAAACGGCAAGAGUCAGCCUGUGCUAGGACUCGAGGACAAUGUUAAAUCACAGAGAAAAGAGGCUAAUGACAUAGCUCUACCAAGCAGAAGAGAGCAGCAGAAGAGGGGAAGCUUUUGCCCGACCGGCAGACACAACAAACUGCUGUUUGCCAGAGAGGAGCUGGAGUCUGGGAAGAUCCCAAGCCGUACGGCAGGGUUCAUGGGCCUGGGGAACAGACUGCUGCGGCGAUUCACCGCACCAGAGUUCAUGAGGCUGGUGAUAGACAGCUCGUCUGGAUCUUCAAACGGCCGAGGGCGGAUUUCCCGCUCCGAAACCUUUCCUCUCUCUCACACACAUCAGCAGGUCAACAGCCAGCCGAGCGUUGACAGCAUCAGCGGAGUGAAGUGUGAGUUUGAAAGCUGCUCGUCUCAGUCUGCACUCGAUUAGAAUGUUAAGCAACAGAAAUGGCCGCAAAUGGAGAUUUUUACAGAAUUUAAAAUUCAGAUAAUGCAGGUUGAUUACUUAGCGAUAUAUUCUAUUUGAGAGAAAUAAUAACUGUUUGCUUAUGUUGCAGUAUAUUAGUUUUUUCAAUGUUCCUCAAUAUUAAAAUGAGAGCUAAGUGUUAAGUUACCUACAGCUGCAUACAAUUUUGCUAUAUAAAAUAAUUUAGUAAGGAGCAUAUCGGUAUAUGAGCUUUUAAAAAUAAUUAUUUUGUUUCACACAUAUAUAUACAUGUAUAUAUAAGAUUU